AAAAUUGGAGAUAUGAGAAGAUUCGCAUCUACUUUAGCAACGUAUGAGUAUAUAUUGACUGAUUUUAGUUGAAUUAUUACCUCGCUUUGGUUUUAUUUAUUGGUAAUGGGCAUGAAAGAAUAUAUAUAGGCACUAACCCUAUGCCUUCCAAAUUCAUGUGUGUUAUAGAGAAUAAACCUUAAUAAGUGGUCUCAUUAUUCUGUUGCCCUUUCAUAAACACCAAAAUUCGUCUCUACAGAGGUUAUAUGGUGUCCUUAUUUAAAGCCUUACGUACCCUCAUCACAAACACCGAACGAGAUAAGAGAUCUAGAGAGAGAGAGAGAGAGAGAAAUAUGCAAGGCUUGAAAGGAGAAGUGGUGCUGAAUAUCCCAGCAGAGAAAGCAUGGGAAAUGUACAGAGACAAUAAAAUUAUUAGCCAAAUCAAACCCGAGAUGCUUGCUCACGCUGAAUAUGUCCAAGGAGAUGGUAGCCCUGGAAGUCUCAGGCUUCUGAAGCUUGGUCCCGCGCUACAAAACUACGUGACAGAAUCAACGGAGAAAAUAGAGGAGGUGGAGGAGAGUGGAUGUUGGGUGAGUUAUGUGGUGGUGGGAGGUGAGCUAUUGAAGAUGUACGAUCCAUAUAAGGUUACUUUCACUUUCACUCCACUCCAAGGAAAGGAGCAACACCAGUGUAUCGCCGAAUGGAAAGCUGAGUACGAGGCACUGAAUUCCACAAUUCCUCCACCGGAGAAGGCCAUGGACGCCGCCCUUGCUUUCCUCAAGUGUUUUGAUCAGUUUGAGCCAACCAAAACCAACUACCUAGCUCUGUCUUAAUUAUUACCUAUUUAUGUUGAUGAAUAUUAUAUAACCUACACAAAACAAAUAUAAAUGUUGUUUGUGGUGUGUGCAUGUGACAUGUGAUAUAUAAUAAUUGAUGAAAUAUAUAUAAUUGUUCGUGUGUGUAAGAGCAUAUGUGCCAUAUUAAUGUAAAGUUUUAAUAUUUUCUCUAA